GCGACAGACCUGAGCUGCGUUAAUUUGUAGUGGAGCGGAGGACAAAAUAUGCCGUCGUGCAUUGUUAAAACUUGUAGAAACAAUUCAAUGGUAUGCAAAAAGGAGAGCGGCGUAACAUUCCAUAAAUUCCCAAAAGAUAAUCUCUGGCAACGUAAAUGGAUACAUAUUAUUCGUGCCUGCAGAAGCGAAGAAAACUGGUCACCCUCCCAGUUUAGUGUCGUGUGCUCGGCUCACUUCGCAGAGGGCGACACCUACAUGACACACGGCGGGAACCGAAGAAUAACUAAGAACGCUAUCCCUACAUUGAAGUUAAACGAUGUAGUGCCUAAAAAGAAAAAAUCUGAUAACAGCCCAACGCCAGUUAAAAGCGCUAACGUAUCUGUGCAAACCACAAAUCCUGGGGAAUCUGUAGAUGAUGAGAUACAAAGGUUUUUUAUUAUUAAGGUGGAAUCAACAGAAACAACAGAGACAGGUGAUGUUCAUAUAAAAAAUGAGAUGGAAACACAAACUGCUGAUGUACCUCCAAACGUUACAGUUAAAGUCGAACCAGUUGAACCAACAGAAGAACAAUCAACCGAUUGUUUAAUUGACCCAUUAGCUCCUGAAGAGAGUGAUCAAGCCGACACAAAUUCAGAGAAUUUCGCGAAAGAGGCGGACCUUUCAUAUUAUGAACUAAAGUUAGAGAGAAAAGUUGAGCUGUUGCACGUUUGCAGGAGAAGAAUAAAGAUACUACGUCAAAAAGUCAAACGAUUGCAAGAAAGGAAUCUUAAAAUGAAAAAUAUUUUAAAGGAAAUUAGAUACAAAAAGUUAAUUGACAGAAAAAUGUUCAAAAAGCUGACUACUACUUUGAUAAAAAACGAUGACUAACGAUAUUAUUUAAGAAAGUAACUGUAUUGAUGUAUUUGCGCGUGUAGCAUUGUUAAACCGAUAAUACUAUUUUUGGGCAGUCUGCCAUAAAAAUAUGACUGCACAGCUACAAAUCAUAAACUGUGCGGUAAAAUUAUUGUUCUAGCAAUGAGAUCGUUGCACAUUUUUGUUAAGUUUUUUUCAAUUCCUUGUAUUGUAAAA